AUGGAAUCUGUUUUAUCUUUUUUAUGCGUGUGUCGGAAUAGAAGGAAAGAAGAGCCCGAAAUUCACGAAAAUCGCAUUGCGAAUCUUGGAUCUAUUGCAUCUCAUGGAAUUUAUAUCGAACCUUGGGAGCAAGAAACUUCACAUCAAGUAAAUAAUAACAGAUUUAAUGAACAACAUUUUGAGACCGUUAACAUGUUUCGAGACUGUGAAGAAGAAAAGUCUAGCAGAUUUUGGUGCAAUACCUGUGCAAGGAAAUAUUUUAGCAAGGGGUUUUCUGACUGGACUAGUGGGAGCGCGGAAAUUGAUACUAUAAUACGAGAAUCGCAACUCAAUUCACGAAACGUUAGUCAAGUGAUUGAGUGGAUUCCAUAUAAAAAGUUAAAAGGUCUUAAGCCCAUAGGAGAAGGCGGCUUUAGCGUAGUAUAUUCGACAAUUUGGUCGGAUGGACCUCUUGAUUAUUGGGAUGAAAAAGUUGAAGAAUUAUCAAGAAGAAAAAACUACAGAGUAGCAUUAAAAAGGUUAAAGAUUACUUCCGAUAGUCGACAAAUGUUGAACGAGGGACUUGGGGACCAAAGAUUACUUGAUUGUCCAAGAUUACGCGAUUAA